AUGUCGAACGCAAUGUAUAACAAGAUGUGGCAUCAGACCCAAGAAGCCCUCAAUUCUUUGCUUGAUAAAGAGUCUCAGAAGAUGAUAGAGACACAAAAAAAUCAAGUUUACUUCUUCCAAAUGUUAGCCACCUUCUACAUAAAAUAUGUGCAGAUCUUUAGAAACCUGGAGACCGUCUAUGACCAGAUGGUCCAUCCACAGAAACGAGCACUGAUCCGGAAGAUACUGGAUGGCGUGAUGGGCCGUAUCCUGGAGCUGAAGCAUGAAAUGGUUGAACUGGAAUUAACCGAGUUUCACUAUUUUGAUGACAUUCUGCAGGACCUCAAGUUGGCUCCUCAACAAUUAGACAUCCCCAUACCCAGAUAUUUCUUGAAGGAGAAAUUGCAAGCAAUAAAAGAAAGAGAAAAAGUCCUGGCUCAGCUGUUACUUGAGUUUGGAUUAGCUACAACUGACAUGAAAUACGGCAUGAAGAGUAUCCCCUUCGGAGAGGCAGUUAAAUUAAUCCAGAUUUCUGAGAGGGCACGGCAAGGCCGCCUGAGAGCACUGUUCAUGAAACAAAUCUAUAUGCAAGAAUACAGGGCAAAGCAAUUCAAGUUACUCAGCGAAAAGGUGGCAGACACCCAGGCCGCGGCACUCCGUAUUCAGAAGGUUUGGAGAGGUUUCCGUCAGUUUAAGAAAACUAUAAGAGAGAGAGAGGAGGAGAUGAUAUUCCUGGGGAUGAAACCACCUCCCUUCUUUAAUGAAGCCAGCAGUACAAUAAUCCAGGCUGAAAAGGUGACCCAUCUGCGGAAUGAGGUGCAGAUGAAGCAUGAAGAGGACUACAGGGAGGCUCUGGUCACCAUCAAGGAUGACCUGAAGCUAAUAGAAGGUCCAGACAUCAAGGAGACCCUUCAGGAGCAGAUCAGGAACUGGUUCAUCGAGUGCAGGAACUUAACUGGCACAUUUCCUAACUACCCUGAUGUAGAAGAAGGUGGCUCGGCUAUUAUUUUUUCUAACAAGACCCCAGAACAGGUUAUUAAUGAUAUCCUUGCAAGCCAGGAAGAGGAGGAAAAAGGCAAAAAGAAAAAAAAGAAAAAGGAAAAAAAGACCAAGAAAGCCAAAAAGGAGAAGGAAGUGAAAGCAACAAAGGAAAAGCUCAAGGAAGAAGAAGAGGAGUGGAAAAUGUCACCGAGUGUUUUCUUUCAUACAAUGGAGGAAGGAAAUAACUUAUACAAAGACAUAUGGAUGAAUAGAGAUGAAUCUUGGAAUUUCCCUCAGGACUGUGAUCGAGAAAUGAUCAAAGAGGAGAAACGGAAAGAAUUAGAGUCAGAGCUAAGAGUGCAGGUUGAUGAGUUGAUGAGACAAGAACUAAAAAACUUAAAACUAGCUGUGAACAGAGAAAGGGGCUAUCCACUCAAGGCAGAAAGAAAGAAAGGGCAGAAAAAUAAAGGGAAGAAAGGAAAAAAAGGGAAAAGGAAGGAUAAAGACCUGACAGCUGACAGGUCCAUCGAGUCCCUGUACAAGGAGCUGGUGCAGGAAGGAUUACUGAUCCAGUCUCUGAAAGUCAACCUCUCUGACUACAUCGGUGAGUACUGCUACCUGGGCACGACUCUCCGCCAGGUGUCCACAGAGCCCAUGCCCUCCCUGCUGGAUGUCAGGCAGCUCAUCACGCUCUACGGAAUCUUGCCGUUAGGAUCCGCAGCGGUGCAUGAAAAGGCUCCUUUGGUGAAAUCACUGCUGUUGGUUGGGCCGUCCGGGGUCGGGAAGAAAAUGCUGGUCCAUGCCAUCUGUACCGAGACGGGGGCCAACCUCUUCGACCUGUCCUCACAUAACAUCGCGGGGAAAUACCCCGGCAAAAGCGGCCUCCAAAUGAUGGUGCACGUGGUCUUCAAGGUGGCUCGAGAGCUCCAGCCCUCCGUGGUGUGGAUCGGAGACACAGAAAAAACCUUUUACAAAAAAGUUCCCAACGCGGAAAAGAUGAAUGACCCUAAACGCCUGAAAAGACAGCUUCCCAAAAUCCUGAAGCUCCUGAAGCCAGAUGAUAGGAUUCUGAUUGUGGGGACCACCAAGCGUCCUUUUGAUGCUGAAAUCCAAUCUUUUUGCCGAGUUUACCAAAAAAUCAUUUUGGUUCCCAGACCAGACUACGCCUCCAGAUACGUAUUGUGGAAGCAGAUCAUCGAGCGCAAUGGUGGGAUCCUCUCCAACACCCUGAACAUCAGCUGUCUGGCCAAGAUCACCGACGGCUUUACCCAGAGACACAUAGUGGAGGUCGUUAAGGAGGUGCUCACAGACAGACGAGUCCGGCAGCAAGCUCAAAGGCCACUUACUGCAGCCGAGUUCACUUUGGUGAUAACCGGCAUCAACCCAGUGUUCAGAGAGGAAGAAGAGACCCUGAAGAGCUGGUAUGCCAAAACCCCUCUGGGUAAAAAGCGAGCCUUGGCAUUAAUGGAAGAUGGACGAGAAAAAUCAAAGGAUAAAGGGAAAAAGAAAGAGAAGAAAGGGAAAAAGGGGAAAAAGAAGAAGUAA